AUGUCGGACCAGUCACAUCACCAGAUCCCCGACCACCCCAUCAACGGUCUUAAACCCUUAUCCAACAGCGACGAAUUUUCUUUGCCUAUCACCGGCAGCGAUCUGUCGCGCGCAGAAGCAUAUGACCACCCAGACGCGUUCAUGGCGAACGGUCUCCCGCUAGAGGCCGAUGGAGACGACGACGACGAAGAGGUCGACGAGGACUAUGUCGCCGUUGACCAUGACGAUCUCAACGAAUACCCAUACUGGUUCCGCCGUCCACCUGUGCAUCAGCCUUCAAAGCUAGACGACCUGCACCCCUUCGUACAGGUCUUGACGGAGUCGAACGUGGAUGACUGUGUUACUGUAGAAGAGGCAUUCCCCGAACAGGAGCGCUGUUCCCGCGAUAAAUUUUCCUAUCGUCUUGGAAGAUGCCCCGAGCUCUGCCUCGGCUUGUUCACCCUUCCGAUUCUCGAAGAAGACCAGCUUAAACCUCGCCCAACUCUCGUCGGACAUGUUAUCGCCACCAGGACUUCCAACUCCCGUGUGACGGAUAAAUCUAUGGAACUACCGGCCGACUGGAAAACCGAGCGCUCAACAGUGGUCGACGGGGAGACCGUUGGCCACGACGAGUACGGAAGCUCGAUCGCAAUCCACUCUGUAGCAGUCUUGCGCGAGCACCAAGGAAAGCAGGUCGGGAGUACACUGAUGAAGGCUUAUAUCCAAAGAAUCCGGGAGGCAGCUAUUGCAGAUCGCAUUGUGAUCAUUGUGCACGAUCACCUCAUACCGUUUUACGAGUCCUUUGGCUUUGAGAACCGGGGCCAAAGCAAAUGCCAGUUUGGUGGUGGUGGUUGGACAGAUAUGACACUGGAAUUCAAUGAGUGA